UUGGGCCAGUGAGUCAUGGCAAAGGCGCCCAGUUGGGCAGUGGUGGGUGGAGGUGCUCUGGCCUAUAAAGCCCCCGAGGCCCUGUGGCCUGCAGAGACUGUCAUGGACAUGGAUGGCACCAUGGAGAGUUCCGAGGCAGUACAGAGAGCCACAGCACUGAUAGAGGAGCGGCUGGCGCAGGAGGAAAGCAAGAAACUCCAAGGAGAUGUCCACCAGAAGCUGCCCAUGAACUUGCUGGUGCUGGAGGAUGAGAAGCACCAUGGGGCCCAGAGUCCAGCGUUGCAAAAUGUUAAAGGCCAAGAACGUGUGCGCAAGACAUCCCUGGACCUGCGGCGGGAGAUCAUUGAUGUGGGUGGGAUCCAGAACCUCAUUGAGUUGCGGAAAAAGCGCAAGCAGAAGAAGCGGGAUGCCCUGGCCGCCUCUCAGGAGCCACCUCCAGAGCCCGAGGAGAUCACUGGUCCUGUGGAUGAAGAGACAUUCCUGAAAGCUGCUGUGGAGGGGAAGUUGAAGGUCAUUGAGAAGUUUCUGGCUGACGGGGGUUCAGCUGACACCUGUGAUGAGUUCCACCGGACAGCACUGCACCGAGCCUCCCUAGAGGGCCACAUGGAGAUCCUUGAGAAGCUUCUGGAGAGUGGGGCCACUGUGGACUUUCAGGAUCGGCUGGACUGCACAGCUAUGCACUGGGCCUGCCGUGGGGGCCACUUGGAGGUGGUGAAACUCCUGCAAAGCCGAGGAGCAGACACCAACGUGAGGGAUAAGCUGCUGAGCACGCCCCUGCAUGUGGCGGUCCGGACAGGGCACGUGGAGAUUGUGGAGCACUUUCUAUCCUUGGGCCUGGACAUCAAUGCCAGAGACAGAGAAGGGGACAGUGCCCUGCAUGAUGCUGUGAGGCUCAACCGCUACAAAAUCAUCAAACUGCUGCUCUUGCAUGGAGCUGACAUGAUGAGCAAGAACCUGGCAGGAAAGACACCCACGGACUUGGUGCAGCUGUGGCAGGCUGACACCCGGCACGCCCUGGAACAUCCUGAGCCAGAGGCACAGCAGAAUGGACUAGAGGGGCAUCCUGAGAGUGGACGAGAGACCCCCCAGCCUAUGCCAGUCCAAUGA